AUGCAGGAGGAUCAGCUGUCGAGGUUGGCAUGCGAUCGGUGCUAUCGGCGAAAGGCACGCUGUGAUAGAAUCCUGCCAUCCUGCUCCACCUGUAUACAUGCUGGGACGGCAUGCUGUUACAAUUCUCGAGGUGGCCUGGCGACCACCCGCGGGGAAGUCCCAGAGAAUGUGGCACGUCGUCUGCGGCAGCUGGAGAACAAAAACCGCAUUUUGUCCAAGCAGCUUCGGGAGGCCCAGCAAGCUGCACGAGCAGCCGAAGAGUCAGCGCCCGGCGUGGCCUUGGACGCCACGGCCGAGAUGAUCGACAUACCGGACGACAACCACGAAGGUGCGGAUAGGAGCGAGGCCGAAAACGACAACGAGGUCGCCAAAGAAGUCUACUCCCUCUCCCUCCACGCCGGUCGGCCCAGGCAGUACCUGGGCUCAGCCAGUGGUGCUAUUCUAGCAAGUCUCUUCACUCUUCAUCGUCGACCCAGCCGCCGGGGCAGCGAGUCUAACAUCAAUGACGACGUCCCCGACGACGACGAGGAUGAAGACUAUUUUCAUCGGUUGGCCGCCAUCAGGGGACAGAGGUGCAGCGUCCCAGAGGUGGCCAAACCCGUGCUGCCAACAGAAACAAUUGCACGGCAUCUUUUGGCUGCAUACUUGUCGCACGAUCAUCUCGCCUUCCCUUACCUUCACCCAAAAAAGCUGAUCAGCACUCUAAAUUCCGUGUACACGGAAGAAAAAUACUACGAAUCUCAUCCUGUGGAAGCAGUUAUUCUGGAUAUGAUCUUCGCAAUUGCCACUGUUCAAGUCCACAGAUUCUCCUGGCAAUCACUCCCUGACGCCGAGACGUACCAUGAGCGUGCAAUCUCGAAAUUGGGCGCCGUCUUAGAGGCUGGAGGGUUCGUUGCUCUACAGACACUCAUGCUCCUUUGUCAAUACAGGAUGUUGAGUGUAUCCUACAGUACUUCAGCGAGUCUAUGGCACCUGCUAGGCAUGGCAACGAGACUAGGCAUUGAGCUGGGCCUUUAUCGCGAAGCCGUCUAUCGUAUGCCUGCCGGCCUCUCACCCGCCGACGAGGACCACGUAAGACAGGAGCUCGACAUAAAGCGUCGCUGCUUCUGGUCCCUUUUCCAGAUGGACAGAAUCGUCAGUAACACCCUGGGUCGACCCGUCUCGAUCAACCUUCUCGAGAUAGACACAGAACAUCCGUCAGUUGAGGACGACGCGGAUCCCAAUUGGGGCCCGUCGCCGUCGGUGGACGGUAUGCUACAGUAUCCUCACUGGCCGGCCAACACCAAAAUAUUCAACCACAUCACCUGGCACCGCAUUAUUACCGGCAAAAUCCUGUCCGAGCUACAUAAUGUGCCCAAGAAUCGGAUACCAGACGCCCAGACCAGCCUCACCAUCAAAAGCCAACUCGCGGAAGAAUUAGACCAGUGGAGAGCCGGUGUUGCCUCGUUGCCUCUGGUAGAUUAUUCUUCCACCAGGACAAAAGACAAAUCCAACUACCGAACGCGAGAGUGGUACAAUCUCCUCUAUCACAACUGCAUUCUGAUGUUACAUCGCCCGAUCCACUCCCUGCAGGAUAUCCCUCCAACGUCUGAAGUCCUCACCCAGAUUUACUAUUCGUCCCAACAGUCCAUAUCAUCCUAUGCGGAGCUGCACAAAGCCCGCAAGAUCAACUAUGCCUGGAUCACCUUGCACGCCGUCUUCGUCGUAGGGCUCUCGUACGUAUACGCGCUCCGGACUCAUUUCUGGAACAGGAAAUGUGAAACACAGGGCCAGGUGGACGGGCUGCCUCCGGCUCGCCGGGCCUUGGUGACCCCUGAGCCGAGCAUCAGCCAAAUCGUCAGUGACAUGAGAGCGUGUUCGACCGUGCUGGUGGCCCUCUCCGAACGGUGGAACACGGGCAGAGGCUGUCACGAGGUCUUUGCCAGACUUUCUGACGCUGUGCUGAGUGACGCGUCCGAGUACUUUAUGGGCACCAAGACUCACGCUUUGUCCCCGCAGAACCAGGGAGGCAGACACGCUCUUUCGAGCGAGCAGGUCCCCCUGCAGUCCUCUUGGCCUUUGGGCAAUACCGACAUCGACCACAGCUACCAAGACUAUUUCUCAGGGUUUCAGGAGCUAUUUGGCGAUCAAUACGACGAUAAUUCCUUUCUCAACCCACAGCUUGGCUGGAACUUUGAGUUGUGA